AUGGUCGACUGGGCCGACGGCAAGACAUGUCGCCCCGUCUUUCCCCUCGAGAUCCAAGUCGCGGCGCCGGGCAUGCAAUCACCUGAAUCUCAGCACCUUCUUCGCACGACCCAGCAUGCCCUGGAUGACCUCAAUGAGUUCGCCGCGCACCAUCUUCGGCUCAAAUUGACGAACGAGACGUCCACGGCGCAACAGACUGAAGACAGCAUGGAAGUGGCCAGCAAUGGAGAGGAGGCCCCCGACACGGCAUUGACAGUCCGGGUGAUUGCACAGGAUGGCCUAGUUGUCCCCAAGGCGGAACUUCAUGCGGAUACCACACAGCUCGAUGUGUUCUACCCACCGAGUCAGGUCCCUGUUCCCUCGUCUUCGAACCCACCCCUCUCGGUCUUCAUCGCGGAGGAGUUACAACGAUUGUACGGAGAAGAAAAGGCUACCGUCGCACACAUUCUCUCUGGUGAGAAAUCUGGUCUGGAUUCGGUGAACCCCCAGUUCGCAGAGAGCAUCAGUCGACGCCUGCGCCGGUCGAUGAAAUACGCCGAUACAUACCAUCUGUCAUUCUCACUGUUUACCCCGGGGCCCGAGCCCUCAUCGUGGGAUAUUGAAGCUGCUGUGCAGGAAUACCUGUCUCCUCUUCUUCAUGCGUUUGCGCCCAUCAGCAAUUUCACUGUCGAUACCCAGGUCCAGCUCUAUGCAACCUUUUCACCCAUGGCCCCGCCGCCUGUUUAUGACGAGGUCGAAGCUGCAUGGACCCUGAUGAAGGAGGAUUUGAGUGCGUUCGUCAAUGCUGCUGAGUGGCCACUGAACCCCAGCAUUGGAAACGGUCCCACCCUGAACUUCAUUCUCUAUGUCCCAGCUCCCUCGCAGGCGCCGAUGAUGGUUAAGGAGAACCGCGCGUCCAGCUGGAUUGUUCCCCAAUGGGGCGGCGUAUUCCUCUUGAACCCACCAUUGUCCCCGGCAGGCAAGGGUUCCAACCCUGCCCAUCUUUCUCGGGAUUAUCUUCGGCCUGCCUUCAUGACCUUCUCUCAUCAACUCCUGACUCUCCUCGGCACUCCUACCACCCCUGCUUCUCUUCCUCUUCGCCUUCAGACAUUAAUCCGCAUCCGCGCCGCGAGUCUUCUUCUCUCCGCCUCCUCGACAAUGGGCUCUCUUGCCCGCCUGACCGAGUCACUCCCCUCCAUUCCCAUCCCAGCAACUGUCGCCUCCUCAGUCUCGAUCACUCUUUCCCAUCUCUCUAGCACCUGCUCGCACUUGCGCAGUGGCCGCUUCAGCGCUGCUCUUGCCACUGCCAGAGUCGCCGAGACCGAGGCUGAGCGCAGCUUCUUCGAGAAGAGUAUGGUGGGCCAAGUGUACUUCCCAGAUGAACAUAAGGUGGCCGUCUACCUGCCGCUCCUGGGACCUAUUGGAGUCCCGCUAUUCGUUGGAUUAAUCAAGGAGUUGAAGCGGGUUGUCGCAGGAUGGAAAGCGCGGAGGCGCGCUGCAGCAUAA